GAAUCGAUUUUUUUUCCAUUUUUUAGAUCACUGUGAACGAAAAAAAAAUACUAAACAGGGAAUUUUAUCCCUUACAAUGGCCUCUGAAUUUUUUGAACACAUUAUUACCUUCAUCCGAAAGUUUCUUUCCUUAAUCAUUGGCCUAGUCUUGACUUUUGGCGUAGCAAUAUACGUGGUCGGUUCAAGUUUCGUUAUUUUCAAGGAUGAUAACCUCGGUAAUGUUGGAUUUACUCAUCUAAUUGCUAUUUUACUUUCUACAGGGACGACCUUCAUCUACCUAACGCUCCAUUUUAUUCCGCGCAAGGCGUAUCGGCUGCUUUACACCAUCACCGGUUUAUUGCUCUUAAGCAUCUUUUUCUGCGCACACUCGCUCGGGCUCACUGUGCCGACCGUUUCGGACUGCAGCAAUGGCAAUUUUCAACAGAUGAGCGUGAAAUCCAAAGGAGGGUCAAAGGACAUGAAUGUGGUGUUUGGAUCCAUUGGGCAGGAAAUUAGAACUUGCUCUGGCAAUAAAAUGCUCUUAGUAGGGGCGCUUAUUACUAUCCUCAUGAUGAUUGCCGCUAUUUUUCAAGUGCAAAUGAUCUUGUUGAAUCGUGUGAGGUCAAAAACCUAUGGAGAGCGUUUUGUGGAAAUGGGUAUUAGCAAUUAAAAUUGAUUGUGUAAUAUAGCUAAAAACUAAUAUUUAGAUACCCUUACUUAGUUUUACAUAGUCUUGUUUAUUUCUAUUUGUUCUUUUUUAUUGCAUUUUGUCCAUAAGAGUGGCUGUAUACUGAAAAAUCUCUGUACUUAUUCAUGACUUGUGGGGUGAAUGCACACCUCUAGGUGAAGGAAAUUGAGUAUACUAAAACGACAGCUGGCAAAGAGAAGAGCUUUUUACCCUAGAUGAGAUUUUUUGAAAGUAAAUUUAAGAUUGCAUAUUCAUGUUUAUGGAAACAAUAAAUAGUAUAACGAACACUAGUCUCAAAAAAUGAACCUAAUUUGUACAAUGAAUAA